AUUCACUUUCUUGUACGUCUUUUGCAGUCCUUUUAUAAUGGAGUGUUUGAAGGAGUUUUAUGCCUCUUAUGACGACGCACAAUUAAGGUGGAAUGGAGCUGAUCUUUUGACAAGAGUUGCUAGUAACUUUUCUGGCAAUGAUAAUCUCUCUGAUAGAACGAUGGAGAUCAAGUUUCAACCCUCUUUUCUUAUCUUCCCUAUCGGUCAUAAUAAUAUUACCAGAUAUUUCUCAGCACCAGCAACGGAGAGUGAGAAAGCUGAACAAGAUAUGCUAUUUAAAACUAUCCUCAAAGAAACAGUCACAUUUCACUUUUGGAAUGGCUUAACUUCAGCUAUGGUUCCAGAGCCUGAGAGCCUUGCAUACCAGAUCAUUAAUUACAAUUGCCUACAUUGCUCUGAAGAAUUGUGAAUCACUUGCAAAACCAUUAAAGCAGAUAGAUGGCCUUAUAAAACAUUUUAGUUUCAUGCCAUUAGAUACCUCACAGCUUUUAAAGAGAUUCGAAAGAGUGUCAGCUUUUAAGGCCAAAUUGUUGUUGUAGGAAACAUGAAUCUAUAGUUGGUUGAAGGCUUCUGGACCUCGUGUAUUAAUUGGUGUAGAUUCUCCCAAAGGAGGAUUAAGAGAUUCCACUUUUUAUAGCUGAGAUCUUUUUGUAUAUUUGUUUCCCUUUGAUUUUUGUACUUCUCACUUCAUCGAUGAUUCUCUUAGUUUAAUCCAAAGUUUUGUACAACUAUUUGUAGUCAUUGACAACACAACAAUCAUAUAUUUUAGUGAUGUUUCUUUUAAAUUAUAUUUCUA